CCCUCACGACCCUUAAAGACACUUCAAAUGUAUUAGAUUCUGACUAUUCUCUAGAUGAAGAUGAAUAUACCAUAAAACCUACGAAAAUUCGUAAACCAACUGUUAAAAAAGCUUCUUCAAGUAAGGCUCCUUCUAGCAAAGCCUCUUCUAGUAAGACUUCUUCAAGCAAAGCUUCUUCAAGCAAAGUCACUUCUAGCGAAGCCUCCUAUAACAAAGCUGCCUCCAACGAAACCUCUUCUAAUAAUGUCACUUCAGCUAAUUCUUCAUCAAAUGGAGCUUCGACUCAAUCAAAAAAACCAGUAGAAGAAGUUUAUCAAAAGAAAACACAACUUGAACAUAUUUUAUUAAGACCUGAUACUUAUGUUGGGUCAGUUCAAGCGUCAACUGAAAAAUUAUGGGUUUACGACUCGGAUAAACGAACAAUGGUCUACAGAGAAAUUACUUAUGUUCCAGGUUUAUAUAAAAUUAUAGAUGAAAUCUUAGUAAAUGCUGCUGACAACAAAAUUCGUGAUCCCUCUAUGGACACCAUAAAAGUUGAUAUUGAUGUGGAAUCUGGCAAGAUUUCUAUAUAUAAUAAUGGUAAUGGUAUACCCAUCGAAAUUCACAAAGAAGAAAAUGUGUACGUACCAGAACUUAUAUUUGGCCAUCUUUUAACAUCUUCUAAUUAUAAUGAUAAUGAAAAGAAAGUUACUGGGGGUCGAAAUGGUUAUGGCGCCAAAUUGACUAACAUUUUUAGCACAGAAUUUAUUGUUGAAACUGUUGAUAGUUCUGCAGGCAAAAAAUAUCGCCAAGUAUUCAAAGAUAACAUGUCUGUAAAGGAACCUCCAAAGAUUUCAUCUUACUCAAAAAAAGAGGAAUAUACGAUGAUCACUUUCAAGCCAGAUUUUCAGAAAUUUAAUAUGUUCAAUGAGUUUGAUAAUGAUAUUGUAGCACUCUUGAAGAAACGUGUAUAUGAUUUGGCUGGAUGUGUAAGAAAUGUUAAAGUCUUCUUGAAUGGGGAAAGAUUGAAAAUUAAAAAUUUUAAAGAAUAUUCCCAGAUGUAUUUGAGUGGAAACAACGAUUUUGUCGAUUUACAAUCAUCAAUUAUUUACGAAGAAGUAAAUCAAAGAUGGGAAAUUGCAUUUGUACCAUCUCCUGAAGGAACAUUUCAGCAAAUUAGUUUCGUCAAUAGUAUUAGUACCUCUAAGGGAGGUACUCAUGUUAAUUACGUCGCAGACCAGAUUGUAGAGAAAUUUAUGGCAGCAGUCACGAAAAAAGCUAAGGACGUAAAAAAUAUUAAAAAACAUCAAAUCAAAAAUCAUAUGUGGCUUUUUAUUAAUUGUUUGAUUGAAAACGCGACCUUCGAUUCUCAAACAAAAGAAUGUCUAACAUUGAAAGCUUCAUCGUUUGGUUCAAAAUGUAAUCCGAGCGAAACAUACUUUAAUAAAUUACUUAAAAGCAACGUAAUUGAAAGUAUAUUGGAUGAUGUCAAACACAAACAAAGCAAGGAACUAAAGAAAACCGAUGGUAGAAAGACAGGUAGAAUCAUGGGUAUUGCUAAACUGGAUGAUGCAAAUAAUGCCGGCGGUAAAAAAUGUCAAGAUUGUACUUUAAUCCUUACUGAAGGCGAUUCUGCAAAGGCUUUGGCAGUUGCCGGAUUUUCUAUAGUUGGUCGUGACAAUUAUGGAGUUUUCCCGCUUCGUGGGAAAUUAUUAAAUGUUAGGGAUGGUACACAUAACCAGAUUAUGAAUAAUGCGGAAAUACAACAUAUAAAACAAAUUCUCGGACUGAAACAAGGAAAAGUGUAUACUUCAACAGGAGAAUUACGUUACGGUCAUCUCAUGAUAAUGACUGAUCAAGAUCACGAUGGAAGCCAUAUAAAAGGAUUAAUUAUCAACUUCUUGGAUUAUUUCUUUCCGUCAUUGCUUAAAGUUCCAGGUUUCCUAAUGGAAUUCAUAACGCCUAUUGUAAAGUGUACAAGAGGUAACACUAAAAAAUCGUUCUUUACUUUGCCGGAAUUCGCUAGUUGGUUGGAAAAUAAUGAUAACGGUAAAGGCUGGAAAAUUAAGUAUUACAAAGGUCUCGGUACGAGUACUGCUGAAGAAGCUAAAGAAUAUUUUAAAGAUCUAAGAACACAUAAAAAACCAUUCAAAACAAUUCAAGAAGGUGAACGUGAAUUGAUUGACAUGGCUUUCAACAAGAAGAAAGCCGAUGAUCGGAAGGAAUGGUUAAGAAAUUAUGAACCUGGAACUUACAUGAAUCACAAUGUUAAAGAAAUCACGAUAACUGAUUUUAUAAACAAAGAAUUGAUAUUAUUCAGUCGAGCUGAUAACGAAAGGUCUAUACCGAGUGUCCUUGAUGGUUUUAAACCUGGCCAAAGGAAAGUUCUUUACACUUGUAUUAAGAAUAAAUAUAAGAAUGAAAUAAAAGUCUCGGCAUUAGCUGGUGCAGUUCUAGCUGAUGCAGCAUAUCAUCAUGGUGAUUCUAGUCUUCAAGGUACUAUCAUUGCAAUGGCUCAUGAUUUUGUCGGUUCAAACAAUAUCAGCAUUCUUCACGGAGUGGGUCAAUUUGGUACAAGAAGUCAAGGUGGUAAAGAUGCAGCUAGUGCACGUUAUAUUAGCAUUGCAGUUCCCAAAUUGGCUAGAAUGUUAUUUCACCCUCAAGACGACGUUUUACUUACCUAUUGUAACGAUGAUGGUCAAAUCGUUGAACCUGAAUGGUAUUUACCUAUUAUACCCAUGAUUCUCGUUAAUGGUUCAGAGGGUAUCGGAACCGGUUGGAGUACAUAUAUUCCAAAUUAUAAUCCACAAGAUAUCGUCAAUAACUUGAAACUAAUGAUUGAUGGUAAAGAACCAGUUCCCAUGCACCCUUGGUACCGUGGUUUUCGGGGUAGUACUGAACAGGCAGGCAAAGACAAAUAUAAAGUUAGCGGUAUAAUCGAGCUGGUAAAUAACGGAACAGAAGUUAGGAUUACCGAAUUGCCUGUUCGUUCUUGGACACAAAAUUAUAAAGAACAACUGGAACAAUGGAUUUCGGGAACAGAAAAAGUACCCGCUUGGAUAAUUGGAUACAAAGAGAAUCACACGAUAACUAACGUCGAUUUUACGGUUCAAUUAACCGAAGAAAAAUUAAAUAACGCUUUAGAAGAAGGACUUGAAAAGAAGUUCAAACUUAGUACUAACAUAAACACUUCAAACAUGGUAUGCUUUGAUGGAAAAGGAAGAAUUAAAAAAUAUAGUUCAGCUGAAGAGAUUCUCCUAGAGUUCUAUGAUUACAGACUAGAGUAUUAUUUUAAAAGAAAGGAUCAUAUGCUGAAGGUAUUAGAACUCGAAGUUAAUCAACUCAGAAAUAAGGCCAGAUUUAUUCAAAUGAAGAUAGAACAUAAGCUCGAAUUUGAAGGGUUUCGUAAAGCAGAAAUCAUUAAGUUACUCGAGUCUGAAGGGUUUGAAAGAUUUAGAAAUGCCAAGGAAGAGAAAAGUGAUGAUGAAGAUCAAACCGACAAUGGUGGUGAUGGAUAUAAUUAUUUAAUGAAUACUAAAUCCUGGAGUUUUUGUAAGGAAGAAGCACAAAAACUCAUGGACAAAAAAACCGAGAAAGAAAAGGAACUUGCUAUACUUCGAAAGAAAUCUCCACAAGAAAUUUGGGAAGAAGAUCUAGAUGUGUUUUUGGAUGAAUGGAACGAAUUAUUAAACAGUGAUCGCAAAAGAUAGAUAAUAUAUUAGAAGUUAUAUGAAAUUAUAAAGUGUUAUUGACCACUUUAUUAUGAUUUCGCAUACAGAAUGAUUUUUCGUUGGUAUUAUUAUCAAUUUCCAAAGAUACAAUUAAUGAUUUUCGGUUGAUUAGAAUUUCUUUCGAUAAAUAAUUUCCUAUUUUAAAUCAAAUUCAUGUAAUAAACUAAAUUUUUAACAAAUCAUAACUAU